GGAUUGCAACACUGGCCAGAUCGAGCGCGCUUAUCUUUUUUGCCGGUUUUGUUGCGAUCAGCUUUUUCGUAUACACAUUACGAUUGUUAUUUUCGUUAUUUUCAGACCCAAAAAAUAGUUGCGGUUUUCUCAGCUUAUUUAAGUUCGUGUUAGGUCGACAGUGAGGUACGGAAUCAAUUAAAUUAAAUUAAAUUGUGUUUAUGGUAACAGUAUAAAUUAUGGAAAAAAUGGAAUCUGAGGCUGCUGUAACGAAGCACGAGAAUAAAAACAAUUCCGAUGCAAUGUGGGAAACGUUAUUCACAACGCUAACAGACGGUGUACACAAAUGCAACUCUAACAUGGAAACAAUCUUGGAUAUGAUAAAGAAUGAUCUCACAUACGACGAUCCUGGAUUAUUCCCGUCUAGGCUGCUGGUGGAGCAGGAAGAGCGGGACACAGUCAAAGCUUGUAACUAUUGGCUUUUGAACCAACUAUUACAAAUUGCAUCACUCGAGGAAUAUCGAGAAAUUAGGCAGAGAAAUUCGGAACUUCAGCAGACAAUUCUUUCGGCAUGUUUUUUAAAGCAAUAUUGGUUUUUUCGCGAAAUUGUUGCAAAGUAUUUGGAAACCCUAGAGCACUUGAAUGGAUUUAAAAUUAAUUCGAACCUUCAGUUGAAAGCAUUCCACAUGUCAUUGAAUCAUUUAAGUAGGUUUAACUCUCCAUGCACAUUUAUUGCGGUAGAGGUUAAGGAUAUGGCGAUGAAACGAACGCUAACGGAAACCUGCUUGCACGUACUGAGUCAAGUGGUAUGUCUUAUUGACGAUAGGUCUGAUAAGAUACUCCGCGAACAUUGCGCUGAAGUCGUUCUUGAAACACUAAACAACGGUUCACUGGAUGAGAAGACAUACAGUCUUAUGUUUUUUGCUAAAUACUUAAAAUUAGUAAGUGAUGUUUCACGCAAUCUUGAUCCGCUGGUGGUAGAGGUGUUGACUGUUGUAGAAAUGUCCUUAGAACGAUCUAAUCGAUGGCUAGAGAGUCAACUCUUCCGACCCAAGUCGUUACAACAAUUCAAAAUGGCACUUGUCGAUUUUUUCGCUAAACUCAAGGAUGCUCUGUUCAGCCAUUCGUUUGUGGAGUGCAAAACAAAACUUAUAAUAUGCUCUAUUCGAAUAGUGAAACAUACACUAGCUAUCAAGAAAAAUGGCGAAAACGAAAAUCAAGCAUUGUUUGAGCAGAUUAGGAUGUUCUUGAUGGUUCUCAUGAAGUCCGGUUGUAGCUCAACAACCGAUGGGUACGAGGAUAUUUUUACGCUUGUUAAACAAUUGCCAGAUAUGCUUGAAUUGUUAGAGUCACCUAUCACAGACGAGGCUAUCCAACUCACAAAAGAAAAAGACAUAGUUGUGCUUGCAGAAUGUAGCUACUUCUGGAAAAAUGCAAUGAACAUUUUAGAUGACAAAUAUAAUGUAUCAAACGAUGUGCAAAAAUUAAGUAUCAGGCAGCAGAUUGUUCGAUUAUCCGUAAAUGUCAGCCACAAUUUUCUGGCAUAUAUGCAGACGUCUAAAUUACACAACAAACAACUUCAGAUCUACGGAAACGAGCUACCUAAGUUUUUUCAUGACAUGUUUGAGGACCUUAAAACAGUUAAUUUCACUACAGAAAUUAUUGCUUAUAUGAUGGACAUUUGUUUCGAUUUCUUACAUUUAUCUGAUUUUAGCUUGUUAGAAGAAACUUUGCAAUCACAAAUUUGCUCCAGCCUAUUCCUACCGUUUUCUCAAGAGCUCAAACUUAAUAAUAUUUCGCUUCCGGCGGAAAUAUUAGUCCAGUUCAAAAAAACUGUACUGAGCGAAGAGGAUUUGCGCGUUUUGAAAUCGCGGACUCUAGAUCAGCUAUGUUCAUUAAAUUUUGAGCAUAUUCCUAAAUCGUUGGCUUCAUUGCUCAAAAAAGCUGUGUGGGAAAUUAUUACAAAUAUUGUUGCUUCUAGUAACAUAGAACUGAAUCAAACUCUGCUUAAAUGCUAUUCAAGUCUGUUGUUAUCAUAUAAAUUCCGCGCAACGAAAUUGUUUUCUGAAAUACUUCAAAAGACCUUAUUCGUACAUGAAUUGCAGGCGCUUGCAGUGAAGAAUAUAAAAAUUCAUUUUUGCCUUGAGGCAGGCAACGUAAAAUUGUAUCAAAUUAAAGGCGAGACAACGGUUUUAAGAAGAAAAAUUCGUUGCCUUCAGUGUAAACCAAGUACGGAUGAGAAUGACAUAUUCGGUACGCAACAGUCUCCAUCGCAGAUCAAUGUAGCAACGAAUGGGCACCAAGGGGCUGUUUUAAUAGCACUCCCAUCAAACAAAAAUGACCAGAUUCCAUUAUCCGAAGACGAGCUAGAGCAAUUGUUUCGUUUUGAGGAUCAUGGGGCUCGUGUAGAAAUGGUGAAACUGUUAGCAGUUAUGCUGAAACACAACGAACUAGCCAUAAACGAUCGAAUAAUGCGGGCUUGGAGCGAACUUAUUUCAUGUGGGAUUGUAGAAGUGUAUAUUGCCUUUGCAGAUGUGUUCACUCCUCUUUCGGAAACAAUACAGAGCGCCAAGCUCGAUAACUCGGAGCGUGACAAAAUUAUUCAAAUCUGCUUGGACAAACUACUGCAAGCGGUUAGACGUAGCGUGGAAAAAUCCGAUUAUAAUCACCAAUCGGUUGUGAUGAACAUGGUUCUGCGGUUUGCCACAAGCUCGAUCAUCGGUGAACAGCAAUUGGUGCAUUGCCUGCGAAUGAUGUUCUUUUUCCUGAUGCUUCGUGAGUCGGAGGUCACUCGUGAAUCUACUCUGGUUGUGGAAGAAAUGUGCGACAAGCAUGGCGUUACCCCGCGUGAUAUGUUCAACUGGUAUCGGCAUGAUAUCGUUAAGCUGAUAAUGGCCAUGUGUGCCACUAACUAUUGCUGCUAUGGAAUUUCGUUGUUAAAGUCAUUGGUUCACGUUAGUAAAACUUUUCAAUUCGCCUCUGGUCCAGUUGAAUUUAUUACCAAGUACUACAAAAUUGUUCUUGCAAUGCUUCUUCCGUGGUGUGUUAAGCGACCAAAAUGUAUAGCUCUGCUACAAGAGCUUUCCGAACUUAUUCGAACGGAUAUAACCGUUCUUUUGUCCAAAUCUUUCUCCACAAUUUAUCCGUAUUUGUUUAUUAAUGAAACACCCGUAAUCACUAAUCAAUGUAUAGAUUAUAUAAUUACCAAUACAGGCAACACAUUGGUUCAUUUGUUGCAAUCAGAUAUCAAGAAAACAGUAUCGGAAAUCUUAAUCUUCUAUCAUCUUAACGCAGAAUGUGUUCUACAUGCUUUUCGAAGUUUACUUGCGAAAGAUGAUGGUGAGGAAAUCACUACUGCUAAAAUGGCUGAAUACAUUGCCGGCCGAUUCCUGGGUGUUAUCACUUUUUUCGAAGCGUCACUCAUCGAUGUGGACAAUGAAAAAGCGCUUAAACGAGAAACGUUGCUUAGCUUGGGUGAAAUUAUUCGCCUGCUCGGUGGCCAUCAUGUAACGCCAUUUCGUUUCAAAAUCAUAGCGCUGCUAAAAACCACUAUGGCUAUUGAAAAGCCAAAUCUAAAAGACAUCUGCGUCGGAGUAUGGCGAAUUUUUAUCUGUACAGUAGAUGUUCAACAGUUGGGCCCGUUGCUGAGCACUAUUUUCGUUUCUUUAGGGCCGUACAUCGAGCAGUUUCCGGAAGAUAUUAACUACAUAUUCAAUUAUCUGGUAGUUCAAAAUAAUAGUUUGUUGAGCCAACAUAUUCCGGAUUUGUUCUUCCUGGAUCAAACUAACGUAAAUGACGAGAUAAAGAAAGUUGUCUCUGCACAAACUAAAAACGAUCGUGUCCGCGAUCAAUUUUUGAUGCGAUUUACCGAACUCGGUAAACACGUAACUCAUGAAAACCUGGCAGUGCGAAUUUAUGGAUUGAAAUAUCUGAAACAACUAUUUAUGGAAAACCGCAACAAGUUAAACGAUUUGAUGAUAGGACAGUUGACAUUCAAUCCAAUGGUGGAAGAAUUACUGAACAACUUGAUUAAGAGCUGCAGUGACAGUGAUAUUAAUUAUCGACUAAGUGCAUCGGAGUGUAUGGGAGAGCUGGGUGCUUUGGCACCCAGCUAUUUACCACCUAAUUAUGCACCACAGGAUAGUUUCGCGCUAGGCAUUCAUUCAGACGCUUUUGCUUCUAUGGCAUUGGCUGAACUGUGUCGUGCCUAUCAAUCUCAGAAAGAUACAAAGUUUGUUGAUAGUUUUUCAUUAGCUAUUCAAGAUAUCCUCGUGGAACGAGGAGUAUCGCCUAACGACGGCAGAAAAUUAGAUGUUUGGCAUGCGAUACCAGAACGUCUGCGACCUUUAAUGGAACCUCUGUUAACUUCUUCCUAUACAGGACUUACCCGAACAUCCACUCUUGAAUGCCAUCCGAUUUUUGGUAGUCCUAAAGCUCAAUCCUAUCAAGAAUGGGCAUUCUUAUGGGGAUCACAAAUGAUUGAAAAAAUGGAGAAAAGUAAAACUCAAAGUUUGCUAAAAUCAUUCCAGCCCAGUAUACGGUGCGAUAUGAAGACGAUGGCCAUGGUUCUACCGUACAUUCUAUUACAUGCAAUUCAGGGAAGUACUGAAGAUAACCAAAAGCGGAUAGUAGAGGAGUUGCAGUUUCUUUUCAACGCUAUCGUGAACAACAAUCCAGAGAUGGACAGUCCCGAACAGCAGAUUGGUUACAUUCGUGGAUUGCGAAGCAUGCAGUUUGUUGCUAAAGAACGCAAGUUGCAAUGCUCCGAUGGUGCUGAAACGACAGACAUAUCCUACGAAUGUGCUAAACUUGGAUUUACAUUAUUGGACUUUUUAGAGAAGUGGAAACGCCAAUGGCGAAAGGUUUAUCAGCUUGAUUCAAGUAAAACGGAUUUUCACUACGUGGACACUUUUCUUGGCCAGUUUGAUCGGGAAAUGUUAGCCAACAUAAACUUCAAGUGCAAUGAGUUUGCGCGUUCUCUGAUAUAUUUGGAAGAGUUUAUCGGUGAUGACUCUGAUCGAUUGCAGCAAAAUUUGGGAAUGUUGGCUAGAAUUUACACACAUUUAAACGAUCCGGAUUCCGUUGAAGGAGUAGUCGGUAUGAAAACUUCGGAACCGACUCUAUCCGAACAGAUACUUUUGCAUAACGCUACCGGUCAGCUUAAUCAGGCUGCGGCUUGUUACGAGUGUAUGCUUCAGGAAGGAGAUGUAGCUGCCAUUGAUAUCCAUAACAUGGUCGAGUGCUACCUAAGAUUGGAUCAGCCACAUACUGCAUUGUUACUUUCGGAAAGUUUGUUGAACAAAUAUUACGACCAGAAUGUGCAUUCUUUAUUACAAGAGAUCAAAACUGAGCCACUAUACCGUUUGGGUCGGUUCGAUGAGCUGGAAGAACUGCUAGAAUCACCAGGGCUACAAGAAAGUGACAGCUGGGGUGUAAUCUGUGGAUCACUCAUGGUUAGUUAUAAGAAAAAUCUACACGAUCUGUUUAUGGAAAAAUUGAAGCAAGCUAGGUUAGCCGUUUUGAAAUGCUUGCGAAAUGCCGAUCUGAAACUUAAUGCUUAUGAAAAGGGAUAUGAGCAGGUUUUAAAGCUUCAUAUGAUUAGUGAAUUUGAGAAAUGCGAAAAUAUCCUAGACAGCGUACGGUCCUCUGGUGAACUACAUCGUUGUCCUUCGGACGUAAAACAAUUAAUUGCAGACUUUGAAUCUCGCUUAGAUCUUCUCCAGCCAAAUGCUGCCACUGUUGAACCAAUUAUAAGUCUACACAGAGUGUUGCUAAAUGAAACAAAAGUUUUGAUCAAUGGCCUAUCUGAUACUGAAAGCGAAGGCGUGAACGUUACUGAAAUCAAUGAAACUAUUGACGAGCAUAUCGGUAAAUUGUGGAUAAAAAGCACGGAGUUGGCUUCGAGAGCAAAAAUGUUUGAUCAAGCUCAUCUGUAUAUUUUGCAUGCAGAGAAUUAUAAACCCAAAGAGUUGUUUAUCAAAAAGGCAAAGUUGUUAUGGGAAAGGCGGAAAAUGUCCAAUGCUUUUCAAGUGCUAGAUCGAGGACUUGUAGAUAUUUUGCAAAAAGCCAAAGUUGAUCAAGUUAAAAAAUUAUCACCAGAAGAUAGGACUAUCUAUGCCGAAGGUAAACUUAUGAUAGCUAUUUACAAUGCCGAGGCUUCUAACGUUUCAGCAAGCGUAAACCAACGAUGCUUUAAGGAUGCAGUUGUAGCUUAUCCUGAAUCGGAGAAAAGUAUGGUUCACCUGGCACAAUACUUAGACAAGCUGUAUGUAAACUUUUCUACUACUGAUCAAGAUACUGCCAAAGGUUGGGAGCUGUUACAGGAAAUAAUGACUUAUUAUGGAAAAUCGAUGAUGUUUGGUUCGACCUAUAUUUAUCAGUCAAUGCCGAGAGUUUUGAGUAUUUGGCUUGAUUGUACUUCCCGUGGGAUUAAUAACGAUUCACAUCAUAAAAUUUGUGCUAAUAUGAACAAACUUGCUUUAAAAUUCAGUGAAGCUUUAUCACCGUAUUUCUUUUUCACUGCCUUUUCUCAACUGAUUAGCCGUGUCGCACAUCCUUCCAUUGAGGUGUACCAGGUCUUGAAAGCUAUAAUAGUGAAAUUAAUUUUACACUAUCCUCAGCAAACGCUUUGGAUGAUGCUCAGUGUGUAUAAAUCGUCCUAUGCAAACCGAGUGAAACGAUGUCACGAAAUUUUUAACGAUAAGAAACUUGAGAAAACUUCUGUACAGAAGCUGAUAACCGAUUUCAACGCAAUGGCUGAGCAAUUCAUUGAACUGACGAAUAAAAAUCUUGGCAACAUAAAAGAUAUGAAGUUUAAAGUUUCCGCCGUGGUAAAAUCGCUUCCAAAACUCUUCGAAAACAGCAACUUUUCCGAUAUUAUGAUGCCGAUUCAAAAAUGUAUGCAACUGGUGUUGGAUAGAAAUUCUUCAACAUUUUCACCAUAUCCAAUGGAUCUGGUGUACAUCUAUGGGAUACGAGAAGAGGCAGUCAUACUACCUUCACUACAAAAACCCCGUAAAAUAUCUCUAAUCGGCCACGACGGACGGGAUUAUGUAAUGAUGAUGAAACCGAAGGACGAUCUUCGCAAGGAUUUUCGUCUAAUGGAAUUUAAUGCCGUAGUUAAACAGUAUCUACAUCAAGAUCCUGAUGCCAAACACCGACGUUUGAACAUUCGAACAUACGCCGUAUUGCCACUGAACGAAGAGUGUGGCAUUGUGGAAUGGGUAGAAAAUCUCAGUACUUUCCGAAACAUUAUCUGCACCUACUACAAACAACGAGGUGAAGGGCUAACAGCCAAGGAGUUACGUAAUUACAAUUACAAACGUCAUGAUUCGCUGCAGAUUAAAAAAGAAGCUUUUCUGAAUGUGCUUCUCCCCCGUCAUCCUCCGGUGUUCAGCGAAUGGUUUCGGGAUCGUUUCUCGAAUCCACAUAACUGGUUUCAAGCCCGAAGUUCUUACAUACGCACUACAGCAGUUAUAUCAAUUGUCGGUUACAUUCUUGGACUGGGAGAUCGGCACGGUGAAAAUAUUUUGUUCGAUGCUAAAAACGGCGAUACGGUUCACGUUGAUUUCAAUUGUCUGUUCAACAAAGGUGAAACCUUUGAGAUUCCCGAGCUGGUGCCAUUCCGUCUUACACACAACAUGGUAAAGGCUAUGGGACCCUUAGGCAUCGAAGGCCCAUACCGUAGAUGCUGUGAAAUUACGCUAAGAGUUUUGCAGAAUCAAACUCCUACACUUAUGUCAGUUCUUAAACCAUUUGUCUAUGACCCACUGGUGUCGUGGAGCAAAAUCACCAAACACGAUGGCAUGACCGAACGAACGGAUCCACAAGCGAUGAACAAUGUGAAGCACAUUGAAGAACGUUUGAAAGGUUAUGUUCGAGUUCAAGGCAGCACCUCACAUAUGCCUCUAUCGGUGGAAGGGCAAGUGAAUCAUUUGAUCAGCGAAGCCACCGAUUUAGAUAGUUUAGCUCAGAUGUAUAUCGGUUGGUCUGGGUAUAUGUAGUAAUAUGCGGCCAAGUUCACGUUUCUUUUAUAAAUAUGUUUUAUUCAUACCAAUAAAUCUGCUGAUUUAUAUCAA